AUGAAAAUCGCUGGUGCCCGUGUCAUAGUGACUGAGAUUGAUCCAAUAUGUGCCCUUCAGGCUCCCAUGGAAGGCCGCCAAGUUCUAAUCCUUGAAGACGUUGUCUCAGAAGCUGACAUCUUUGUCACCACCACUGGGAACAAAGACAUCAUUAUGGUCGAGGAAGAUGAAGAACAGUGGGUGUUCCCCUACACCAAGACAGGCAUCAUUGUGCUAGCUGAGGGUCGUCUAAUGAAUUUGGGAUGCGCUACUGGACACCCCAGUAUCGUGAUGUCGUGUUCAUUCACCAACCAGGUGAUUGCACAGCUUGAACUCUGGAACGAGAAGUCGAGCAGGAAGUAUGAGAAGAAGGUAUAUGUUUUGCCUAAGCACUUGGAUGAGAAGGUUGCUGCACUUCAUUUGGGCAAGCUUGGGGCUAGACUCACCAACCUCACCAAGGACCAAUCUGACUACGUCAGGUCAUUACAGGUACUGAGGAGAACAAAGGACCGAGCGUUGGACCAUCCUAUAUUUAUGUGGCCUAAUCACAAAACCAUACGUAGAACCAACGCUCGGUCCUUUGUUCUCCUCAGUACCAUCACUGUCACUGUAUAG